GAUUCCCACAAGUCUUUGCGCAAAGCAAAAUGGCUCUUCCCUGUAGUAGAUAAUGUCACAUUUUAGUUGAGGAGUACGCCAGUAAUGCAACUAGAUGUUAUUUGUUCUUUUGGAAAUUUUACUUGGAAUUGAAGAAGUGGAAAUUUCAAUGAUGUGUGCCGCUGUCUUGCUGGGAGUGAACAUCUCAGAGUCGGGGUUGAUUGUCACCCAGGCGGCUGCCUCCCAGUGUUUGAGGCUUCAUUGGGCUGCGACGGGGCUCAGAUCUUUUUCGAGGACACACGCAUGUGCAGGCAGGAAUCCUGCGACCCAUCGUGAAGCUGAGAAAGUUGUGGAAAUCCCUGGACUGCAGCCGAUAACGUAUGUGGACAAGAUGCACUUCGUCCCGUGGUUAGCAAAACCAACAUUCCCAAAGUGGAAACGUGACUGGCACGACCCGCACCACUAUAAGGGGCCGAAAUACGAAGAGAUGGAGCUCUACAAAGAGAAGCCGUGCUACAUAUUCAACCAGAAAACCAAGAUUUUGGAAGGUGUAAAACAAGCCCUGUGGUUGACCAAGUCCAAAUUAAUUAAAGGACUUCCAGAACACAUUGUGGCAUUGGCCGAGGACCCUGCAAACCAGAUUGAAAAUCAGGAUGCAAGAGUGCAACAAGCGAUCCAGCAUGCACGUUUUUGGGAUACCCGUGAUAUACGACCAAAAAGAGAAAGAUUUUGUCCUGUGUUGAUGAGAGACCUCAUACACCUUUGUGGGACACUCCAUACAAGACACCCAUCACUGUCUCAAAGGGGCCUGGCAGAAAAUGGCAGAGUGGCAGUAUCCUGGAGCCGAGAUGCAGAAAAUUUCCAAGUGCGAGGCCUUUGUGGGACAUUGUUGAGCAGCACAUCACGUCUUCCAGUGGCAGCUGAAAAGGUGGAGGUGUUGGAUACACACAAGCACACUUUAGAAAGCUUUUCUCCAAUUUCUCCAGCCAUUGACCUGCAGUGCACUCACGUGUAUGAAAUCAAAGCUGACUCAGGUUUCAGGGACGGCUAUCCCUUCCCACACGCUCACACGCUUUACAUUACAGACUCUGGCGUUCUUCAUGGUAAAUUCAAGUCGGAGCAGCUCAGAGCAAAGAUGAUCAUGUUUGCGUUUGCUAAUGCACUGGUCCGAGCCAAAUUAACAUAUGGGGAUCAGCCUCAGGUGUUAGAGGAGCCAAUUGUUAUGCAAGCUGUUGCGACAAAUGGAAGAAUAUUUCAAUUUAUUGUACUCCAGUUAAAUACCACCGACCUGGCGUCUGAUGAUGGGGUGAAGAACAUAAUAUGGAUGGACCAGGACCAACUCCUGUAUGACUACGCCAAGUGUCUUCCUUUGAUUAAAAAGAAAGUCAUAACAGUACCAGCGGGCUUGUCAGGAUACAAACCGGACACUUUCAAAAAGUUUCUUGCCUUUUACCUGCAUGGGGGAGUAAGUGUCCCGCUGGAGUCCCAGGGCUAGUGCAUCAUUCUUACCCUAGUCAAUGGAGCUGUAUAAAUUUUUGCUUUUUUGGGAUGAAGUAAUAAAGCUGCUGAAAUAACUCCCUUGGGGAUGGGAGAAAAAUAUUUGUGUUCUACUCCAUAUUACUUUUACAAUCCAGCCUCACUCUUCACACUGACUUCACUGUUACUCCUAAUAAUUUAUAAAUGUUGAGGGAGUGAGUUAACAUUUUCUAGUAGUGGAAAUUUCAUAUUUUUACUUCAUGUAUUGCCAUACAGUCAGGAGCAAACUGAAGGCUCCAUUUUGUUUUUGUCGGGACUCUCUCGUCUUCAAUCUAAAUCCCUCCUC